UUUCACAGACCGUGGCGAGGAAACGAGUCCGUGCAUGUGGCGAAGGAAGUCUCGAUGAUGUCGUUCAAAUGGUAUAGUGUAGCGGCCAAGCUAAAAACGCGUCUACAGUUUCCGAGUGUGUAGCUUUUCGCUCGAGCAUCGCUUUUUGCGGUUUCUCUUCCCUUCGUUUAGCCCGAAGACAGAGCAUCGCGCUGCCUUUCAAACCGUAAUACGCGUGACGCGCUUCUGGCACGCGUCGAAACCUGCACUUAACGAACCACUUGUGCCCCUAAUAUUACGUGCCAGCCAAGCGGAUAUUUAUCCCUACGCGCGUAAAGAUAAUGCAUGCGAGGCUCGUGCCGAAAUACGCGUCGCUCACAUUCGCGCUCGUUGCCAUCAUUUCUCCGUUAUUCCAUGUACGAACGAAUCUCUGUAUCUGUAAACUAUUCAGGAUUAAGUCCGUUAACUAUAUAUUUGCAAUUGUAACGUCUAUAUUAUCUAUAUUUUCUCGUAGACAAUCAGUAUGUACGAAGACAGACGCUGGAUUAAGCUACGAUGAAAGCGCGAAUGCUCCUUCUUUCCUCGUUUUAACGCGAUCAAAGCGCAUUCUCGCCUCGUCGCGAGAAACAGCUCUUCCGAUGUGAACGAAUCCUAUUUAUUUGUAUGUACAUUGUACUUUUAUUAGCAAUCAGAAUAUGACGUAUUCUGUGGUACAAUGGUGGUAUCUUAAAGAGCUGCUGGUAUCUAAAAUCUCGUCGACGAGGACUUCUCCAACGAGUAGAUCUUCUCGUAAAUGAAUGUACGAACGGCGUUUAAACUAAACGAACACGAGCGAACGCUUGCUCGCUUGUUUUAAACGCAGCUUUACGAAUCAACCAUCCGAGAAUCGAAAUGCGUACACAAAUAAGAAUCUAUGUAUAUAGGUAUUCGAUUGCUCUCGAAAUGACAGUUCGUCAGAACACGCGCACCCGCCGUAGCCUUGUCCGGCUAGGACAGAACAAAGACGAACGAAAUUUGAAUAUCCAAGGACCUCCUUAUUCCACGAGGAUGCUUUUGUCCGACGGGAGAGACGAAGGAUCGACUAGUCGGAAUCGAAGGGAGGAACGAAGCGUGGACGACGCGGGGGCAGCGUGUUUACGGUAAAAGUCAUCCAACCCGGGAGAGUAUCGACCUCAACCUUCUCCUCGCGCGGUCGUCCCUCUCUCUGGACGCUCCAAUUUCAAGGUCGCGACGCGUGGCAGACCGGACCGAAAAUUUCCGCGAGAUUCGCGUACUUCCGGCGUCGAAAUCUGCCGCGUCUGUAACGACGCGGGAUCGGGUAGGUGGUUUAGUAGAGGCGCGCGAGCGAGCAACGAAAGGAGAUAAGUCGAGGCGAAGUUACCAGGACGAGCGCGAAGCCGAAGAGAAAUGCAAAAAGAGAAGAAGACGAAGAAGAAGAAGAAGAAGAAGAAGAAGAAGAAGUGGAAGAGGAGGGGAACAAGUACGAGGCAGAAUGAGAAAGAGGAGGGAGGAAGAAAGAAGCAAAGAAAGACGCGCUCUCUCUGGCGUGGGGGUGCGCCCACGCCAGUGACGUCACCCGGCGAACGUUGGCAGUGUUACCGGCGAUGAACGCGUUGGUGUUCAAACCUCCGCGAGAGGAAACAGGAGGGAAGACCAGAAGGGAGAGAAAGAGAGGCUACGUAUAGCGCGCGCGUCGAGGAAGGGAAUCAUCGCGCGAGAGGAGCAAGAGGAACACACAGGAGGAGACGGUGUACGAAUAAGCGAGACAAGGUUAGAGGCAAGACGAAGAGUAGGAGAAGGAAGGAAGAAGCACGCGAGGAGACGAGUCGAAGCGGGAGGAUUACGAGUGGAAGAAGAACGGACGAAGAGGAGAGAGAUGAAGGUUGGCGUGCUGUCGCGAUGAAGAGGGGCGGCGGUGAGGCGGGAACAAGGGCGGGGGAAAGGAAUGAAUGGAAAUCGCGGAGAGACACGCGGGAGAGACGGAUGAUUCGAAAGGAGCGGAGGAGACGAAGACGGUGCGCGUUGCCGUGUGCGUUUUAAAGAGAGGAGUAAAAAAAGAAACGUCUCGGACGAGGAGAGGAGGCGACGGACGAGGAUCAGGGCGUCUCGAGGAAGAAGGAAAGGAGGGGAGGCCGGCGUAUAGGUGAAGAGCGUGUACAGUAUCGGGAGUAUGCACGGGGUGAUGUUGACGACACGUGACGCCAGCGAAUCUCGUCUCGCCGGUCGCGAGGAUCGCCGCCGCCGUCACCGCCACCGCCACCGUCACUGCCACCCGCAGCAACACCACCAGGAGCACCAGCAGCCGCGGCAGCAGCCUCCUCGCGCGCUCUCUCCGCGCGCGCGAGCGCUCUCUCGAGGCGACCGACCACUUCCCGCGCGAGCCGCUCUUUAUUAGUCUACCGCGGACCAUCGCGAACCCCUUUGGCUGCUUCGCCGGCUCCAGCAUCCACGAACCGUUCCUCGACGUUGUACGAGUUCCUAAAGUCGUCGAGAGGAACGUCGCUGGUGGACCCCUUCAUCGAGGGAGAAAGAAAAGAAACGAACUCUCUCGGGGAGAGUCCGCCGGUGAUCCAGACCGGAAAACGCUCGGUGAGCGACAGAGACGGGCGGGCGGCGGCAGGCUGGUGGUACGGGAGGAAGGGAGAAUCGACUCGGUGUGGAAGAAGAGGAGGAGAAGAGGACGGACAGAGCGAGAAAGAGCAGGAUCCACCAGUGAUACGAUACCGGGCAGCACGCGCGCCGGUACGUCGGUUUAUCGGGCGCGAACUACGAGCGAACCUUUGACUUCCGACCGAAGCGCGGAAUUGAGAACGCUCCAGUGUCAAAGUCGUCCUGUUACUCCAUCGAGGCAAUAGUUUCUAUUGGAUUUCUACGAAGACGUCGACGGAUCGAUUACGACACUGGGUCGACCGGAUCCACCGUAAUACGUUGGACGCUUACGAAGUUUGCGAGUUUCGGAUAAAGUUUUGGGCAACCAGCAUCUCUGUCGCGGAAAGAUUUCUCCGACGCUUUCUUCUCCUCCUGAUUAACAGGGAGAAAUUUGAUCCACCAGUGCCGCGCUUUCUACCUGUCGUUCGAGUGGCCAAAGGAACAAAAAAAGAAAAAAAGUAUCAUUCGACGAUUCCGUUGGAACACCGGCCGCGUGAAAAUCUCUCUUUAUCCGUUGUCCCCGAGAGUGGAAACGCAAACAUCUCGAGCGGUGGCUGUCCGCUGGCCUGUCCAAACGCUUCCGCGAGUGUCCUGUUCGUCGAACGAGGAACUGAUCGAUCGCGACAGUGAUUUCGUUGACGUUUCUCUAACGGCGACUUCCUGCGGCCGGUUGUCGCGUCGAAUCGCUCCGUUGAUCGUCCGUCGCGCGCACAGAGACCGACCGGACGCGACGGUGACGCUCGCGUCGUCGGUGACGUCGUGACAUGUGCGAUAGCCUGGCCUCCUCUUCGUUACCACGCUCGUGCUCUUUAUCGCGGCUAUCGUCCUCGUCCUCGUCGUGGUCAUCGUCGACGAGAAUAAAGGAGUACAGGGUGCCGUCGGUGGUUGGCGAGCAGCGGAUAGAAGGCAAGAGGAGCGAGAGCACGUGGACGACUGGCACCGCGACGAGGGCCGGCGGCGCGACAGGUUGAAAAGAUGCUGGCACUGGCGAUGCGCCGCGAACACACGACCGGGCGCAGCAAUUACGAGCCCGCGAAUCCGCUCGCGGGUUUCGACCACUUGCAGCAUAACAGCGGCAAUCCGUUCGCGGUGGUGCCCUCGUCGGAGGGCCGGCUACGCGAAACCGGCCCGGAGCCCGACGGCGAGUUGCAAGAAUUCGUAGACAUCGCUCAGGUACAGCAGCUCCUGCAGCAGCAACAGCAACAGCAACAACAACAGCAUCAACAGCAACAGCAACAACAGCAACAGCAGCAACAUCACCACCACCAUCAUCAGCAACAGGUGGCGGCCGCUGCGGCUGCGUCCUGUAUCUGGGGAGCGGUUUAUCCUCCGCCACCUCCUGCACUCGGAUACCAUCAUCACCACCAUCACCAUCACCACCCACCGCCACCACCUUCAGGCAGCCUGGCGGGCGAAGAUCUAUCUCUCGAAGAGGCCACGGAGGACGAUGAGACGGCUACCUCGACCGGCAGGGAUCAUCGGCACCACCAUCACCAAGAGUCUCAGGAACAGGGCACGCCUGGAGCUCCACCCUCCACUAGUCCACCGCGUCAUCAUCAGGCUCAAGAGGACGCGGACCGUUGCAACGUGUUACAAGGCGGAGUGAUACUCUACUCUUCCCCUCAUUCCACGUCUUCGGUGUCUUCAGCACCAGCGUCGAGCGUUAACAUCUGCAACGUACCAACGUUGACGUACCGUGGCGUCUUCACCACCACUUGUACGCAAUCCUCGCCGCUGAACACUCUUCAGAAUCAGCAGCAGCCACCCCAACAGCAACAGCAGCAGCAGCAACAACCAACCGGUCAGGAGCUCUGGGGUCCUUUAACCUCCCCGACCUUGACUUUGACAAAUUCACCUUUCCUACACUCCACCCUUCACCCAGCCCCGUACGGCGGAGAGACCGUCGAACUUUUACCGGUCGAAUCGAAGCCACCCCCGCCACCAGGCUACCACGAUACGCCAACCACUACUCCCGCGGCGUGGUUAACGACGCACGACGACCCUUACGAUCCGAAUCUCCUGUCCCAUCAUCAUCCCCAUCACCACCAUCAAGAGACGACGCUGAAGCAAGAACCCACGGGCGGCUACCCACCGGCCGUCCAACAGCAACAACAACAGCAGCAACCUCAACCCACUCAACAGCAGCAGCAACAAGCACCACCGUCGGCUGGUACAACGGGAGUGCAGCUAGCGGAAUACAACCCCAGCACGUCGAAGGGGCACGAGAUUCUCUCGCAAGUUUACCAGCAGAGUGCUCUGCCGCUCAGGCUGGUCCCGGUGAAGCCGCGGAAGUAUCCGAAUCGACCGAGUAAAACACCGGUGCACGAGCGACCGUACGCUUGCCCCGUGGACGGCUGCGAUCGCAGGUUCUCUCGCAGCGACGAGCUCACCCGGCACAUCCGCAUCCACACCGGCCAGAAACCGUUCCAGUGUCGCAUCUGUAUGCGCUCCUUCUCGAGGAGCGAUCACCUGACCACUCACGUGAGAACCCACACCGGCGAGAAGCCGUUCUGCUGUGAUCAAUGCGGCCGAAAAUUCGCGAGGAGCGACGAGAAGAAACGGCACGCGAAAGUUCACUUGAAACAGAGGCUGAAGCGCGAAGCCACCCACGCCACCGCUAGAAAUCACCCUCAGAGCCACGCUUCUCCGCCGUGCAAUCAGUAAGAAGAAUUUGAAUGAACUGUGUCGCAGAAUCGAUCCACAUUUUUCAUACGACGAUCGAUGUCGAUCGAUCGUCGAUACCGUCGAUCUCCACGCUCAUUCCUUUAAUCUUGUCAAUCAUGCUCGUGCACGACGCAGCUUUUUCACCUUGCCAGGCGACGAGGAAACGACGGAGACCUUUAGGCGGAACAGACUGCCGUCACCGACUGAUCCGUCAUCGAUCCGUCGUCGGCACCGUCAGCGAUCGACGAGUGGGGCUCGACUUUAACGGAUUAGCCUAGCGACCGAAUCGACAAGCAUUUUUGGCGGUAUAACGAAGCGUGAUACCGAGCCUCUCGGAUAAUAGUACGUAAGGAACAAUCGCGGAGGAUUUUCAUAAAAUCUUUGUAAAUAAUCGUGGAUAAUUUUUAAUCGGGACUAGAAUUUCAAAGCGGUAUGUAAAAUAAAUGUCCGGUGUGAUCGGUCCCGACGAUGGGCUCGUCGCGUCUUACAGAACGGAUCGAUUCGAAGCUUUUCUCCUGAUCUCGCUAAGCGAACCUUCGACGAGGAAACACGAACAUUGCGGUAAAUAUAUAUAUAUACAUAUAUGUAUAUUAGACUCCGGCGGUUUUCCUGCGAGCUCUCAUCUCAGUUUAUUUCUUUCACUCCCGUCCCUUUUGCCUACGGUUAAUACGUUGCAUAAGGAAGAGAAGAAAAUUGAAAGUUUACCACGCCAAGUUGCAUUUAGAAGGAGUAGGAACGAAUACGAGUGAAAAAUCUAGCUUUACCAAGAGGUACUGUUUCCUCGACAAUUGUCGGUAUCGGAAUGCUCGUGCUUUUAGCGGUAAACGGGAAGAACGGGAGAGAAAGAAAAAGAGAAGAAGAAAGUCAGGGAGGAUGCUCGAAGCGAGCGACGCGUCGAAGAUCGUUAUUUACGACGGUUGCGUUUUAUACCCUUGUUUGCGAUCGAGAACGAGAUGCAGAUGCGAAAAUCGACGUUAACCGCGCGUAGAUACGUACGCGAAAUAUUCCGGUGUCACGAAAUAUACUGCAGCCAGGUUCUCCGACGAAUCGCGUAGAAUCGAUACCGCCCGCAGCUUCCGGGAAUCAGGGAGGAAUUUACCGAUGGAGAAGAAAAGAGAGAAAGAGACGGCGCACUCUCGAUCGCAUGCAAACGAGCGCGUGAAAAAAAAAAUUGCCAUGCGCGAGCGCGCUUCUUGAAACGAUCAGGGGAUCGCGUAUCAACUUUUCCCAGCUCUCUCAUGAUCGGAACCGGUCGAUGUUUUUCGAUCCUUUUACCCGAGUGUUCGUUCCUUCGGCCAAUAAUCGUGCAAUUUUCGAAUCGUGCCCGAUUCCACAAAUGUUUUCAGGAUAUUUUCUAAGUAUUUUUAUAAAUUACGACACUCGACGAAUGAAAAAGAAAAAAGAGAAUGAAAAUGUAGUUCGAUAUCCAUUACGAUCGGCAUCGCGAUUCUAUGAGAGGGCAUAGACCCUGACACGUUUGCAAGAUGCGACCGACACCGACGGACGAUCGGUAUUACAUACACACACACUACUUUGCGUCCUCGAACCUCGUGUCUUUCAAUCAUACAAUCGUAAUAAUCGCUUCUUACAUAUUUGUUAUCGUCCUCUACCUCUGAAACUCGUUCACUCGUUCCUACGACACCCUUCGUGCCCCGGACACGCUAAAUCUCGGACUUUUCCCGUGUCCUAGGGAACUCUCUUGCCACUCCUUGCUACCCGUUUCCCCCUUGAAAAUUCCUUUCAGCGUUAGAAGUCACUUCGUAGAGUCCCUAAGCUUCUUGGAAGUUAAAUACCAGAUGCGCCACCCUUCCCCUUGUGAAUUAACCCUCUUUUAACCGCCAACAAACCCCAAACGAGUAAACUGUAAUUAAUCGCGAUCAUCGUUGUUGAACGGGAGUUUUCCUUUGUAAAUAUGUAUAUAACGUGUUAUACAUAUGUACACAUAGGUUACAUCUAAUCGAAUCGUGCCGACAAACAGAGAGAGAAACCCGUAAAAUCUUUCACUUUCCUCCUUUUAAUCUUGCCGCCCUACUUUCCCCCCCUUUCCUCUCGUCCUCUUCCCGCCCCUCCCCCCUCUCCAUCGUGAUCGUUUACGUGUAUAAAAUAUGAGUUUUAGCGGCGAUUAAUAUUAUGUAUAUGUUGCUCUAUUUAUUAACAAAAAAACAAAGUCUCUCUCCCUAGUUACAUGUAUCUAUAUUAUAUAUAUAUGAUAUAUAUAAUAUAUAUAUGAACAGAGGAGAUAUAUAUAUAUAUAUUGUUAAAAUUAAAGGAUUAUUUUUAUUAUGAUUAUUAUAUUAUAAUUAUAUUAAAUAACAGUUAUAAUUAAUAACGAAACGCGCGGCAACGCGUACAGCUUUUAUGGAUCCCAAGCGUUCUUACGCGCUCUCUACCUACUUCAACGAUGGUUGCACCGACGCGUAUGCGAUAUUAUCCGCUAUUGUUCUAGAUAGAUCGGAAAAUAUGUAGGCAGAGGAGCGUAUAACGCGCACGCGCGUUCUCGUGAAAUAAAAAAGCAGAAAGAGAGAAAGAGAGAGAGAGAGAGAGAGAAAAAGAGAGAGAGAGAGAGAUUAUGCCUGUGUCUGCCUGUAUGUGUGUAUGCGUGUAUAAAUGUGUACGUGUAUGAAAGAGAACGAGAAAGAAAAAACAUUUAAUGAAAGAAACGAAGAUAAUGAGAAAAGAGGAAUAGAGAGGACAAUUUUUUUACGAACGAUAAUUACACUAUAAUUGGAUAAAUUAUGUGUAACUAUUCCACAACAUGGUGCUCCGAGUGUGCAAUGCACAGAAAAGAAUCUCUCGACUACCUGUAUAUUUGUGUUGUAAUCAUCGUUGCCGUUUAAUCUGGCCGGUUCCCCACGACGAUUAUUAACAAAAAUACAAAGUUAACAUUGAACAGCAA